AUCAAAGCAGUCGAUCCUCAAAUUCGACGAUUUAGAAAUAAACAAAAAAUUCGCAUUAAUUUUAUCUUUGUGAAAUACAGCAGUAAAUACAGCAUAAAGCAUCAAGCGAAUACCAAUGAAAAUCCAUCAAUAAUCGGAAAAGUUUUGUUUUUCUUCUUAUUUUCAUAAAACGUAAACAAACAAAUCUGAUAAUUUUCAAGAAAAUGGAAAGACUAAGAAGGAAGAAUACAUCACAGGAUGAAAGUCCAAGAAAGAAACGUAAGGAUGAGAGAUGUUUCCAAAUAAAUGAGAAAAUCCUAUGCUAUGAACCUGAUUCUAAGCUUGAAAGAGUCCUCUACGACGCAAAAAUACGAGAAGUCCAUGAAAUCCUUAAAAAAGGAAAGAAAUGCUUUGAAUAUCUUGUUCAUUUCCAAGGCUGGAACUCAAGUUGGGAUAGACGAGUCAAUGAAGACUUUAUCCUUAAAGAUACACCGGAAAAUCGAAAGUUACAGCGAGAUUUAGCUGAAAAGAAUCAGUUGCAGCUUGGAGCCUACUUGUACAGGAAGGAACGAAAGAAACGCAAAAAGAUGAAUGAGAGGAAAAUGCUGUUAGGCGAGAAUUUGGACGAGACAAAGAAAUCUGAAGAUCAGAAUGAUUUUGAGCAUGAAUAUUAUAGCAGUUCCGCCACAGAAUCUCAUGACGAUGAUAGGAUCUUUCUACAUAUUGGAGAGCACCUUAAAAGUCACUUAGAAUUUGACAACUUUAAAGUCACAAAGGAAAAGAAUUAUGCAAAACUUCCAGCAAAGUUGCCAAUUUUGGCAAUACUUGAGAAUUUUGUUAAAAGCUAUGCAAUUAAAGUCGUGACAGCUCCACAGCAAGAACAAGUCAAACCAAAAAGACGAAGCAGCAUAUUAGGAAUCAUUAAAAAGGAGCAUAAAGUCAAGUCAAUUGACUAUGAGGCUAUAAGCAACAAUAUUGAUCUAUGUAAGGAAGUUGCGGAUGGUCUUCGAGUCUAUUUUAACUUCAUCCUUAAAGAUUUCCUGCUAUAUACAGAAGAGAAAGAAGAAUAUGAAAGAAUUAUGUCCGAAGAGAAUUUAAAGGACUUCCAAUAUGAUCCAGGCGAGCCAUUAAUGCUCGAUAAUUUCUUCAGUAAAUCUGAGCCAUUUGUUCCUAUUCCUGAAAAUCAGCAGCAGCCUGAAACACCCGAAAAUUUAACACCUUCACUAGCAUCUGAGAAAAGGAUAUCAACAAGGCUAAGAUCACAUUCUCUAAAAACUGAUGAUGAUGAAAAACCUGAAAAUUUGUCGUCAAUGGCAAGUACAAGCUCAAAUGAUUCCUUACCAAUAAUGGAACUACAUCGAAAAGGAAUUUUUUCAAAAGAAUGGAAACCAUUAAAUUCUGGAUUAACAUCUGCUGCAUAUAAAAUUAUUGAGGAAGUCUUUAAUUGGCGAAUGGUUGGAGAUGACUCGAAUCCUGAGCCUUCGAUGAUUUUUGGGAUUUAUCAUUUAAGUCGGCUUGUUGUAAAGUUGCCUGAAUUCCUGUCAGCUACACCAAUGAACGAGGAGAAAAUGGCAUUACUGCUAAAAUAUUUAGACGCAUUUGUAGAGUUCCUGGAAGAGAAUCCUGAAAUUUAUGGUCCAGAAAACUACACAGAAGUCAAAGAAGAAGAAGAAGAAGCUAAAGAAGCACCUACAAAAUAAUACAUCACACAAAAAUUUGCAUUUCUUGCUAAAUGAACAAAAAACUUCUAUGCCUGCUUCUAACAUGCGUAGAAGUAUAAAAUAAAACUAUUGAGACUUGAAGUUUACAGUUUGUGAGUUGAUUGAAUGAAUGGAGAAGUAUGUAAAGUAGCAUGGAUCGCAUGCAUGCGAAUAUCGACGGAAGGAUUAAUCAAAUGGGAAAAUUGGCAUCAAAUGUUUUUUGGGCAGCAAUAUGUGGUGAAGGAUCAAAUAUUAGUCGGAUUAAGAACAGGAUUAGGUCAUUAAAACUUGAGGAUUCUAUGGGAACAUUCAAAAAGCAAAUACAUCCUGCAUAAAUACACAACGAGUCAGAAAUGUUCACAAAAACACCCCUAUACAUAAUAAUUCCUAGCUAUAAAUAGAAUCUGCUAAAAAAAUAUUCAAUCUUGAAGUUUAUGGAACCAGUGUAAUGAGAAAAUCUCAAAAAAUUCAAGGUCAUUCUAAAAAUGAAAAUAUGCCUAAAACAAGAAUAAUUAAUAGGCGUGGAAUACAGACUCAUACAUCUACGUCGUUAGUCUUUACUUACAAAACAGCUCAUAUUACUGAGGUAUGAAUGGAAAUUGUCCUUUUGAAAGUGAAAACAAACUAGAAAUUGCUACAGCAACUCAAAUAUUACGCGUUACAAGAUUUAUGUUUCAUAAAAAAACGAGAUUUUAUUUCAUCCAAAUUGCGUAAUGCACAACAUUUACUGCGACUUCGAGUGGAUAUAAAUACAUUUUACAUAAAUGUAUGUUUCAG